CAUUGACUCGGUCAGCGAUCGUUGACUGGUUGGUUGAUGAUUGGACACGCGGAAUAGAGAGUAGAGACCUCUCGAUAUCUCGCCACCCAUUGGUCGCUACGAAGAGGUGGGUGGCGCAGGUAUCCAUGGUUCCGGUAGUGUCCACGAUCCAACAAAGUAUUUCUCUUCAUCUGUUUAAUCAGUGUACUAAAAUUUGUUUUGUUCAAGCUUCAUGUUUCUUGUUUAAUUUCGUUCAGUUUCAAAUUCUCUUUUUAUUAUUUAAAAAUGUACUAUUUUUCAUAAUUUAUUCGUAAUAUUUUCCGGAAAUAAUGUCCAAGGAAAACAUGAAAGGUAAUAAAUGUUAUUAUCAGCUGUGGUAGUUUGUAGUGUUAACCGUAAUAGGUUAGUAGCAAGUCCUGCCAGCGGUCAGUUUCAAAAUGAAAGAGGUGCCCCCACAACGUGGUUGCCGACCUUUGCGCCGCACGGCCUGAUUGCCGCAGUGCCGCACGGCCCAGCCCAGCCCAGCUGUAGCUCUAGUCUCGAUGUGUACCCUUGGCUGCUAUCGAAGGCCGGGUCACUGCUAAAUAUAUAUAGUCUCUUUAUAAACAAAUAGGUCCAGUGUUUGUCAGUGCUAGUCUGAUCCGUUCGCCUUAUGUUAUGUGCCAUGUUGGAGUACACAGAGUAUGUCAUUUCUCUUGUCACCGAGCAUUUCGACAGGCGCGAAAACCUUUCAUACACUCUUGUUCCUUCAUCUAAGUAUUGUUUAUGGACUGAUGUUUCUUCCUAUUCUAACAUAUUCUUCCGAGUCCUGCACCAUCAUGUCAUACAUUCCUUAGAGAUCCGACACGGAAUGAAGAGGAAAAAAACAGCCGAUACAGAAUUCCCUAUACUACCAUCAGAAACAAUCUCGAGGGUCCUCGAGCCAGAGCACGAAGAGGACGAUGACCCCUGGGACUAUUCAAGUCCUCCCUUGCCUUUCAGUAACACGGAUUUAUGGUACAAGUAUCGCGAUACAUUUACCACUUAUUCUCUGCCCCUUCGCAGAGAAGAUUGGAAUGAUCGGGGGUGA